AUGUCUGAUAUAAACGAAAUCGAAAUUCCAUCCAGAAAGGAUGAAAUUAGACAGGUUACUCCAAAAGAUACUAUGCAUGAGAUCGAAGAUAAAAGCACAUACCACGCUAAGAUAAAGAAGUCUGACUCCGGAACAGUUCUGGGAGCUAUACCGUUGAAUUCAAGGUCUUCUAGUAACUCUAGCGUCACAUCCACAGGUCAAAGCAGUAGGCGAGUGACCAAGAAAACGACCAAAAAGAAAAAGAAAAACGCUUGCUAUUUUGAUACGUGUUCAAGUGCAGCAUCUAAGUUCAUUGGCGACUGUAAUUUCUGCAAGGGUCACUUCUGUUCGAAACACAGGUUAAUGGAAAACCAUGCUUGUAAUGGCUUGACAAGCUGCAAAGAGCAGCUGCAUCAAAGAAACGCUGACAAGCUAGAAGCAGAACAAACUAAAGCUCCAAAGAUACAAAUUUAA